AACAUCCCACCUUGUACACUCCCAUUUUCGCUCCCGCUCUUGUGCCCCAAAUACCCUUUUCAGUCAUUUGUAUCUUAGCAUCAACAGCAGUUGCUGUCUCUCUUUUAUUCCUCCAAUAUACUGAACAACUUUUGAGUUGUAAAAUUGAAGGGUUUAUUCAUUGUUAAAGAUUUGAUUUUUCUUUCUUUUAAAGAAAAUGAGACAAAGGGUUGGAUUUGCAUUGAUUCGAGAAAGCUUGUACCGUAAGCUAAAACCAAGCUCUGUUCCCAGACAUUAUUGCACUUCUUCUUCAGCUAAUGUUACUCCUACUCCUCCACCUAAGAUUCCUCAUUCUUCUAAAAAGGGAAGGUUGUUUACAGGAGCCACUAUUGGUCUACUAAUAGCUGGGGGAGCUUAUGCAAGUACGGUUGAUGAGGCCACCUUCUGUGGCUGGCUAUUCUCAGCAACAAAACUUGUAAAUCCGUUCUUUGCAUUUCUGGAUCCAGAGGUUGCUCACAAGCUGGCGGUCUCUGCUGCAGCCCGAGGAUGGGUUCCAAGGGAGAAGAGGCCAGAUCCUCCUAUAUUGGGCCUUGAUGUGUGGGGAAGAAGGUUCUCAAAUCCUGUUGGUCUUGCUGCUGGUUUUGACAAGAAUGCUGAGGCUGUUGAAGGAUUGCUUGGAUUAGGUUUUGGCUUUGUUGAGGUUGGCUCAGUAACUCCCAUUCCACAGGAAGGCAACCCAAAACCACGUAUAUUUAGGUUGCCAAAUGAAGGUGCUAUAAUAAAUAGGUGUGGCUUCAAUAGUGAAGGAAUCGUUGCGGUUGCCAAACGAUUGGGUGCUCAGCAUGGUAAGAGAAAGUUGGAAACAUCUAGUACUUCAUCUCCAUCAGGAGAUGAAGUCAAGCAUGGAGGGAAAGCUGGUCCUGGUAUUCUUGGUGUUAACCUUGGAAAGAAUAAAACAAGUGAAGACGCUGCAGCAGAUUAUGUGCAAGGAGUCCAUACAUUAUCUCAGUAUGCUGACUACUUGGUAGAUCUCUGAAAUGAAAUGUUUCUU